AUGGCGAACGCAGAUGUAGAAGCAGUGGACUUCGAGCCGAAGGACGACGAUCUCAUGGACAAGGACGGCAUUGUUGAUGUCGACGCUGCUUCGCCUAGGGCUCCUCUCCCAAAGCUUAAGUUCGCCAUCACCGGCGGCUUCUCCGCCUUCGCCGCCGCCACUGCUCCCAAGAAGACCAAAGGCCGUGGUUUCCAAGAAGAGUCUGAUGCGGAUCACAACAACCGCUUGGUAGGUCGCUUCGACUCUCUCAACUCCGAUGGCGGCCCCGGUCUUGAACGAUCCAUUGAAGGAUGGAUUAUUCUCGUCACUGGAGUUCAUGAAGAGGCACAAGAAGAUGAUCUACAGAAUGCAUUUGGCGAAUUUGGGGAGAUUAGGAAUUUGCAUUUGAAUCUUGAUCGUCGAACUAAAUUUGUUAAGGGGUAUGCACUAAUUGAAUAUGAGAACUUUGAAGAAUCACAGAAAGCCAUAAAUGAAAUGGAUGGAACUGAAUUGCUCACUCAAACCAUCAACGUUGAUUGGGCAUUCAGCAAGGAGCCCUUUAAAAGGAGGAAUAUGAGGAGAAGAUCACCACGUGGACACUGUUCAAGAAGUCCUAGGAGAAUAUUCUAAUCAUGCAAGGAUUUGUGGAUUUAUGUUGGAAUGAGAAACAAGAUGUUUGGGCAAGUUUUUUUUGGGUAAUUUGACUUGUAACUGAUUGGGUGAAUGAUUAUUAUUCUG